GCCAAGAAAGCGCUGUAUUCCCUUCCCUACUUUCACAAAGUCCCAACUUUUCAAAAGUUUAAAGUUCUAAGAAACUUCAAAUCGAUUCCCAGAAAAAUAGAAAACCUCAAAAUUAAUUCUGGGAAUUCUAUAAAAGGCAGAACUUUAUCGACAACGAGACAAGAAUCUCUACAUCUUACUUGACCCACCUCACUUUUUCUCCAUAAGUAUAAUUUUCAGGGAUCAUCCAAUCAGCGAAAGAUACAGUUUUCAUAGUAGUAGUAUUUAUUUAUUAUCAAAUCACUGAAUUAAUUAUAUCGAGCCUCUAAUUGUAGUGCCCUUAUUCGAUCUCAGUGGUAUAUAUAUACUGUUUGCUCACACUGUGAUCUCAGCUGGCUCUCUUAUCAAUUUACUCGACAGUUCAUAUUUUUGGGUGAAGUAGUUGGGAAACAUGUCUUCGACUAUUCUGGUGACGGGCGGCGGCGGCUACAUUGGCAGUCACACCGUGCUGCAGCUGUUGCUCGGCGGUUACAAGGCUGUGGUGGUGGAUAAUCUCGACAAUUCGUCGGAAAUUUCCCUCAAGAGGGUCCAGGAACUUGCUGGGAAGCAGGGCUCCAAUCUCACUUUUCAUAAGAUUGAUCUUCGGGACAAGCCUGCACUUGAGGAGCUUUUUGCUUCCCAAAAGUUUGAUGCUGUUAUUCACUUUGCCGGAUUGAAAGCAGUUGGAGAAAGUGUGCAAAAACCCUUGCUGUAUUAUAACAACAACCUCAUUGGUACAAUUGUUCUGUUGGAGGUCAUGGCUGCCCAUGGAUGUAAAAGGCUAGUGUUUUCAUCCUCUGCUACCGUGUAUGGUUCACCAAAAACAGUCCCAUGCACAGAGGAGUUUCCCAUUAGUGCUCUGAAUCCUUAUGGAAGGACAAAGCUUUUCAUCGAAGAGAUAUGCCGUGAUCUUUACCAGUCAGACCCCACAUGGAAGAUCAUUUUGCUAAGGUACUUCAACCCAGUUGGUGCACAUCCUAGUGGUUAUAUUGGCGAAGAUCCAAGAGGAAUCCCAAACAACCUUAUGCCCUUUGUGCAACAAGUAGCCGUUGGAAGGCGACCUGCGCUUACAGUUUAUGGAACUGACUACGCCACAAAGGAUGGAACGGGAGUGCGCGAUUAUAUCCAUGUUGUGGAUCUAGCAGAUGGCCAUAUUGCUGCUUUGAACAAGCUCUCUGAUACUUCUGUAGGCUGUGAGGUGUACAAUCUUGGGACAGGGAAGGGCACAUCUGUAUUGGAAAUGGUAGCAUCUUUUGAGAAAGCAUCUGGGAAGAAACUUCCAUUGGUGAUGGCUGAUCGACGACCGGGUGAUGCUGAGGUCGUGUAUGCAGAGACGGACAAAGCUGAAAAAGAGUUGAAAUGGAAGGCGAAAUUCGGGAUCGAUGAGAUGUGUCGGGAUCAGUGGAACUGGGCCAGCAAGAAUCCCUAUGGUUAUGAACCAGCCAAGUGAAGUUGUGUAUUGUAAUAUGUGGCUUUUGUACCAGAAAUCUCCGGCACAGUGUGUUUAAUAUGAGAGUGUGAAUGCUGUAUGUUUUCAAACUCAAACUCCCUAAACUUAAUAAAAUGCUGGAUAAUAUCACUUUUUUCUAUAA